GCUAACAUUUUUACUAAAAUCUAAUAUUCACACGACGAAUUGGCAUGCCAAGGUAUAUCGUUUUAUUAAACCAGAUUUGCCCCAAUGGAAGCUAAUAAAUGAAUCAAAAUUACAGAUUGAUCAUGUUGAUAAUUCUACUAUUCGAAAACCUUAUUUAGAUAGUCAAAAUAUUAAAGAUGUUAACAAUAUUGUUAAAAAAAUACUCUCAAUUGAAUAUGGAAAAGAGAGAGAUAAAUUUAAAAUAUACAUGGAUGAAACCAUAUCAAAAGUUCAAAGGCAUCAUAAUGAUUAUAAUUCUUUAGAAGUUCAAAUUGCAAUUUUAACUGCAAAGAUCAGAAGAGCUAUGCAACAUAUGGAAAAAUUACCUUAUGACAAAUACUGUCGUUGGAAAACCCACUUAAAAAUCGGUACUCGUCGAGACAUGUUAACUCAUUUGCGUAAAACGAAUUUUGAAAGUUACCAAAACACUUGCGCCACCUUAGGCAUAACUUGGCAAAAAACGGUUUACCCUCCACGAGAAACUUAUUUCAACAAGGCUAUAAGAGAGGCUAACGAAAGAGCUCGGGACAUUAUACACGACAAGAUGCAAGGAUACAAACAAGAGUUAGAGUCGAAGAGAUCUGAAUUUUUUGAAAGAAAAAACCGUAUUUUGAACGAGCUGGAGAAAGUGGAACAAGAACUCGAAAAUUUAGAUGUGGUUGAUUUUAACGUUUUAAGGGAUAAAAUGGGAAGAGAGGAAAAAACUAAAAUAAUCAAAACAAUAUCCUUAUCUUGAUAAUUAUGAUUCUCAAAAAUGCAUUGUUAAGAAAUUGUGUCGAAUGUUUUAAUAUGGUCCAAAAUUAUA